GAAGCAAGCGGCUGAAUGAGUCAUUAUUGAUGACGGCAACGGACCGGAAAGGCUGAGGCGUGAGCCACUUCAUGCCGUCCGCAACGCGACAGCCACGCAUGAUGGAGAAGGAGAGUGAAGCCAUCCCGGUGCAGAGAUCCCAUGAGCCGCCGCCCUCGAGAGAAGCAGCAAUGGUCCAUCGCAGAAGUCCCCGCGACUUCAAGUCACGGCGGCGGCCAUUGAGGUGGCAGCAGUGUGUGAGCCUGGCGUGGUGUGUUUUGCUGCUGCAUCCAGCGUCCACUGGCCCGGCGUGGGCGAGGAGGCCGCCGGCAUUCGCAUCUAGCCCUCUCAACCCAUCAUCAGCAAGGUACGUACACAUCUGACACUCACGGCUGUUUGUGCUGUGCUCGAAGCGGCAGUGCGUCAAGGUGCGUGCUGUGUUCUUGUCUGCAGAUCGACCCAUGGUCCAUCAACGUUCUGGCGUUUCCCGCCUUCCUCCUCCCCCUCCUCAUAUCUCUCACCCCUCCUCUCCAGCACUGACCAGUUCUCUCUCUGCCACCCCCGCCCCUCCCGUCGACAUUCUGCCGGUCGUCAGCUCAUCACUGCACAGAUGCGGCGGGGGGGAUUCAGAGGUGGAGGGGGCGUACCCGUUGAUCCUGCGUAAGUCAAGCCACUGACAGGAGCCACACAGACAGACAGACAGACAGACAGACACAGACAUCGGCGUUCACACUGUGUGUGUCCUCCCUCAGUCGGUCUGCGCGUGAGGCUGCGACGACGUCCUUCUUCUGGACUCGUGUGGUGCCUAUUGGUUUGUUGGUGUCGGGCAGCAUCGCCGGCUACUACGUCAUCCGCAACUGGGUCGCUGAGACGAGGCUACUGCAGUGCAGGGUGAGAAGAAACCAUAUGACACACGAGCAGACAGACAGACAGACUGACUGAUUGACCGACAGACAGACGCAUCAUAUAUUGUGUGGUAUUGUCAGCUGUACGUCACCCGCACCCUGCGAGUUCUGCACGACACAGCCAUGCUCGACGAAGCUUUCAAAGCGGCACGGUCAGCACAUAAGAACAACUCAAUGCACCGCACCGCAGCACAGCAGACACACAGUGGUCCCAUGGAUGGAUGGAUGCUGUCGUGUGUCUUCUCUCCCUCCCUCCCCUUGCCUCUUUCUCACCCCAAUCAAACAGGUCCCGCAUUCCGUUUUUUCGUUUCUACAAGCGGCAGCUCUUCACCCGCCUGAUGGAUGCGGCGCUGGGCGGCAAGGAGGCCGUCACCAUGUCGGUCGAGACACUCCGCGGACUGGCCUACAUCACAUUCGACCUCUUCAAACUCACAGAAAAAGAAGUCAGUCAGUCAGUCAGUCAUCGAGAGAGACGAACCACAUGGCAAACACAACCGGCUUAUCUCUCUUUGUUUCUUGCGUGUGUCGGUCUGUCUGUCUGUUGGGGUCGGUGCUGUCAAUUGUGGAUGGAUCGACCAGGCGGCCUUGUUGCUGCGUCGUGUGAUGGACCAGGGCCAGAUGGAGAAGUACCGAGUGGAGAACAUCCUGCUAAUCGCCGAGCUCUUCAUCAGAACAGACGAACAGGCCAAGCAGGUAGUGCAGGUCACCCACACACACUCACACGGACAGACAGCUGACAUGAGCACGCCCCUGCCCGCCUGCAUGUGUGGUGUGGUGUGGUGUGUGCACUGACUGCAGUUGUUGCGUCCCCGCUAUGCGUUGAGUGCCAUCGGCCAGACGACAGAGGGCGGCCUCAGGCUCCACCUGCAGAACAAGAGAGGUACGAACCGACGGGAAACAAACGCCCACGAGAGAUCGAAUGAACACUUGCAGUCUUCUCAAUGUUGUGUGUGGCCGCCCACGUACGUACGUGCAGCCGAUCUGUACAAUGAAGAGAUCGCAAAGUUCGUCAAGGUCAGUCAGUCGGGCCGUACAAGAAGACAGGCAGUACAUCAUAAUGGUCAUGCGUGUGUGUGUGUGUGUGUGAUUUGGUCGGUCAGCCGUUGGUGAAUCGUGGUUCGUUUGAUUCGGAGGAGAUCAUAGCCGACUACGAGAAACUCUACGACCUCCCUCCACCACCUGGUGCGGAAUGACUGCACUGCAUACUUGUGCUGUGGAUCCAUCCAUCCAUCCAUGUGUGUGUGUGUGUGUGUGUGUGCCUUGUUCAGGCGCUGACGUGCUCAACCUAAGCCAAGAAGAUUGCCACAAGGUCUACAGGUAAACAGUGAAGGAGCGAGGAGACUCAUCUGCAGUGCACCCACUCAUCCCUGUGCACACUGACCUGUCUGUCUGUCUGUCUGCUGCACCUACUACCUCAAGGAAGUACAUCGAUUUCGACAUCAAGGAGGUCAAGCGACAAAAGGCCAUGGGACUCUUCGACUACGAUGUGCGUAUGCGCACACCACACCCAGAACACACACAUCCUGUGAUAUGCAGGCUCACACAAACAAAUGCCUUGUCUUGUUCGUGUGCAUCUACAUGUGUCAUGUAGAGCACCUACGCGCGUCGAGCCACCGGCGACAGUGAUCGCGAGAAGGAGAUAGUGCAACGCGACAAGGACAUCAAGAUGGGCCGCAUCGGGUGGAACGCCCCCUUCAUGGAGGGCGCCAGCACCCCGUUCUACCCGCCCAUGAAGGACACCGAACAACAGGAACUCGAGGACGCCGCCAAGAAAUCGUAAGAACGAUCGACCGAUUGAUUGAUGCCUGUAUGCACCCAUUCAUUUCACGUGUGUGUGUCUGCAGUGUGUUGGAUGCGUUUCUGGAGAAGGAGCUUCGCUCCAAGGACCGUGUGACCAAGGAGCAGCUCGAUCGUGAGGUGCAGCAGGCCAGCAGCGCCGACAAGGAGGGAUGGAUGCAGAAACAACGUACGUACCUGCUUGCACACAACACCACACCCCCACACAACGCCAUACUUGGUGAUGCGUGUGUGUCCAUGUGUGUGUGUGGGUACGUGUGUGUAUCAGUUGACUGGGAGCCGACCUUCACGUCGAUCAAUCAGCGUGGGUUGGACCAGGUGGAUAUGGUCAACAGGGGCGAGAGGGUCGAGGGUGCCGACGACGCCCUACACGGCAUGGCUAAAGUCGUCAGGGACUACUUCGUCAGACAAACGGUCAGCCACCAUCUCCUCUCAGUCAGGCGGGACGAGGGGCCAGUCAGUCAAUGAAGCAUGACUGACGGAUGCACCCCUGCAUGUGUAUGUGUAUGUGUGUGUUUGAUGUGUGUGGUGUGGUGUGUGCAGCAAGAGAGUGAAUGGAAUCGUCUGCAGGCCGAGCUGCGUGCCCCGGUGGAGAGGGGCACCAAGAUCGCCGUCGACACAGAGGGAGACAGCAUGAACGCACGACUGGCCAGAGGUGGGUAGGUGUGUGCAUACGAUACGUGGCUGGGUGUCCACACAGUGAGGGCAGACAGACAUGACGGACGGGUGAGCCUGUGCGUGUGCGUGUGCGUGUGUCUGUCUGCGUGGUUGUGUUGUGUGCAGGUGAGACCUUUUCCCUCCGCCUUGGCGGUGGUGGGGGUCUUGAGAAGGUCGGCGAGGAGGCUGCAGAAGUGGAGCCAGAGGAACAAAAGGAGGAGACGCCUGCCCCUGCUGCCGCUGCUGGUGCAUCCAUGUCGGCAGGCGAGUUCGCCAAAGUUGGUACGUGUGGAUGGAUGGAUGGAUGGAUCGAUGGACGGGCCACACACACGCACACACACUCCCGCACACAUGUGAAGCAGUCAGCCCAUCAAUCUAGAUACGUCUGUGUCCGUCAGGUGAGGUAAAGAGCUACGAGUGCACCGAGUGCGGCUAUGUAAUCUUCCCAGCCGGUACAUUAACACACAGUCUCCCCCUCCCCCAAAUGACACACACCUACACACAACCUUCCGCUCCUCUCUCUCUCUUCUGUGUGCGUGUUCCUCAGCUGGUCGAGAGGACAAGUUCUUCGGCGAGGGCUUCAAGUGCCCCCAGUGCGGCGCGCCCAAGAGCGCAUUCAAGGAGAGGGGCACUGAGGCAGCACCAGCCCCAGCAGCACCGGGGACGGCCCUCAUUCAGGGUGUCGUCGAGGAUGACUUCGACUACUCGGAGUUCGACGACAUACCCACUGCCACCACAUCAAGGGCAUAGAGUCUGUCAUGCACGGCCGCACUCGCCCGGCUGGCCGGCCUGUUGGUGCAGUGCAUUGCUUGCAUCAUAUACCCUGUGUGGUCGAUGAGGCUGUGGAUACCUCUCCAUGUGAUUUUUAGGACCGAUCUGUGUGAGUGAGGCUGUCUGUGUGUGCGCGGCACCAAAAUUGAUUGCCUUUGAGAGGGUGAUGCAUGGAUUGGACGCCGUGCACGUGCCCGACGAGAAGAGCGACAGCCGGCACAUGCCCGGGCCCGAGCGUGCGCAUGACGGACAAAUGACUGACUGAUGAGGAGAGAGAGGCUGACUUGCAUCAGGUGCACAGUGCAGAU